AUGGGUGUUCCCACUUGGUGUUUGGCUGUGUUGCCCAUUUUGGUAGUUCUCUUUUGGCGUCGCAUUGUCGAUCGCCUUCGAUUGGUGUACUAUGUGGAUAAAAUGCCUGGUCCAUUUUCGAUUCCAAUCCUUGGAACAACUUGGCAAUUUCAGUGGGCCAUUGAGAAAUUCACGGCUCAACUCCGCGGCUGGGGUGAAUAUUAUGCGAGUCAAGGGCACGGAGUCGUGAGAAUUUGGCUUGGACCAAAACCAUUUGUUGUUCUCAUUAAACCCGAGUAUGCCAAAAUAGUUUUGGAAAGCAAUGAAUUGAUCACAAAAGGACCCGAGUACAAUCCAUUGCUUCCAUGGCUGGGAAAAGGAUUGCUCAUUGAAACGGGUGACAAGUGGCGAGUUCGACGAAAGCUUCUCACUCCCGCUUUUCAUUUUCGCGUCUUGGAGGAUUUUUUGACAACCCACGAUGAACAGAGCAAAAUUUUUGUGGAGCAACUGGAGAAAUUCGCGGAAAGCGGAGAACAAUUUGAUAUCUUUCCCUACGUGAAGCGCUGUGCUCUCGACAUUAUUUGUGAAACGGCAAUGGGCACUUGCGUUUCGGCUCAAACAAAUCCGAAACAUCCAUAUGUGCAAGCAGUUCAACGGAUGAACGAGCUCAUUUUCAUGCAACAAAGAAUGCCAUGGUUUUGGUUGAAACCAUUGUGGUAUUUGUCCGGCUAUGGUUACGAGGCUGAUCAACAACUCGACAUUUUGCUAUCGUUUACGAGGAAGGUAAUUCGCGAUCGAAUCCAAGACUUUGAGGCCGAUCCGGGAGCUUUCGAUAGACCAGACAAGAAAAAGGCUUUCUUGGACCUUUUAUUGAGCUCUCGAGCCGAGGGCGGACUUACCGAUGUGGAUAUUCGAGAAGAAGUUGACACAUUCAUGUUUGAGGGUCAUGAUACUACCUCAUCAUCAAUGGGAUGGACCCUUUGGUGUGUCGCACAUCACCCAGAGAUCUUGAAAAAGAUCCAAGCUGAAGUCGACUCUGUAUUUGGCUCAUCGGCCCGCAGUUGCACCAGCGAGGAUUUAAAACAACUGAAGUACCUCGAGAAAGUCAUCAAAGAGAGCCUCCGACUUUUUCCUUCGGUACCAAUUUUCACUCGGCGAGUCGAAAAGGACUUUGAAAUUGAUGGACACCUAUUCCCGAAAAACUGUGUGAUCGGAGUGACACCUUUGAUGAUUCAUCAAAACCCGGCGGUGUACGAUAACCCAGAUGUGUUUGAUCCGGAGAACUUUUCGGAAGAACGAGUCACAAAGAGACAUCCAUUUGCGUACAUUCCUUUCAGUGCCGGACCAAGGAAUUGCAUUGGUCAAAAGUUCGCUUUGAUGGAGGAGAAAACGAUGCUUUCGUGGUUUUUCCGCCGCUUCAACAUCACGGCUGAUUCACAGACAAAAUUCGAGGAAAAUAUUCCAUGUCCUGAGAUCAUUUUGAAGCCAUCGAUGGGCAUUCCUGUGCAAAUCUCGAAACGA